UUGAGCGCGGCAAGGGGCAAUCAGUUCGACUUGAUGCGCGCUCCGGCGGUCAUGUAAAUUUGACGGGCGGGUCGAGCCGGAUUUCCACUUCACAUCGAGAGCACGCCGUCCGCAAUGGCAGACCAACCGCGGUCGAAAAUCAUCGAAGAUAAUCCCAUCGGGAACGGCCUUGAUUCCUUCUGCGCUUCUUUCGAUACGGUCUGCGCAGACAGGGGAAUUCCGUGCACACUCGACGCGCUUGGCCAACUCGACCUCGAAGAUGUCCGGAAUAUCGCCCUUGACCUUCUUUCAGCAUUGCAAGGCCUCCGGGCCUCCCGUCUACUCCAUUCUAGCGGCAGUAGCAAGAACCUCUUCAGCGAUUUGUCAAGACUCAAUUCCGCCGUUAACUCCGACGACUUCGACCUCGACCGCAUCAAGCCUCUCCUAAACGCAGUCCUCGCCGACCAUCUACGCGAUGCCCUCAUCUGGGACCGAGUCUAUGACGCCGUCACCGAAUCCACCCCGCCUCCCCGACCGAUAGCCUCCUCCCUUCAGCAGACCCCAUGGCUGCGCAACACCAGCAGCUUCGCCAAUUCCUCCGAACACCACGAAUAUAUCGACAAUGUACUCAAGGAGGAGCUUGGCCCCAUGUAUGUCGGGCUCCGGGACCUUUACAAGACGUACUUUGGCGAUGUGCCAAACCUGGAGACCGCAUCCGAGACGUUCUUCGAGGACUGUUUGGGAGGCAGCAACCCGCUCUUCAAAAACGGCUGGAGGGGUUGGCCCGAAGAAGCGAAGCAGGAUGAUGUGCUAAGCUGGUUUGCGGACUUCGCCGAGAAGCUAGCGGCGUUUGCGAAGAGCUAUAACUCCGCUCCGGCACACAAACGAAGACCGCUAGCGAAGCCUAACGAGCCAAUUGCCGGCUCUGUUGGGAAACGGAAGAUGGAUAUCGGCUUUGUGGACGACCCGAGCGCUGGGAAAGACUCGAGGUGCCACUGGAGCCGGAUCCUCGUGCCCGGCGAGCUGAAGAGCAACCCAUCCGCCGAUAGACCUUCAGAAGCGCGGCUCGAUCUCGGCAGGUACGCUAGGGAAGUGCUUGCCACUCAGGACACCCGUCGCUUCGUCUUGGGCUUCACCCUCUGCGGAUCUCUCAUGAGGAUAUGGGUGUUUGAUCGGCUUGGGGGCAUUGCCUCGGAACAAUUCGACAUUAACAAGGAUGGGCUGCGGUUCGUGUCUACGAUCCUCGGUUUCCUUUGGAUGAGCGAGGAAGAGCUUGGGUUCGACCCGACGAUCAUGACGGCAAAGGGCCAACGAUUCAUUGAGAUUGAACGAGAGGGUACGACCGAGCGGCUCAUCCUCGAUGGGUUAAUGAAUCGUGCACGCUGCAUCGCUGGCCGAGCAACAACCUGCUGGAAAGCGUACCGCGAAGAAGACCCGGAUGCCCUGUUUGUUGUCAAAGAUUCAUGGCAAUACGUGGAGCGCGAUGAGGAGGGCGGGUUGCUCCGUGAAGCAACUAGCAAGGGUGCGGUUCAUGUGGCCCGGUAUUAUCACCACGAAACUGUUCGGGUAUGGAAUAUAGAUGACGAUGUCCGAAACAAUGUCCGGAAGGCAUUGGAUGUCACGAAGGCCGCGAACUACCGGCAGAAUACAUCGCGACGUUCACCAAGCACAAGCACGGCAGGUCCGUCGCGUGUCGGCCGAAGCAGCAGCAUCGCCGGCGCGAAGCGGUCGUCUUACGAAACUGGUGCUUUCUUGCCGCCAAGCAAGCGACCCUGUUCUACAUCUCCGACCAAGGCUGGCAGCGAUGCGCUACCAAAUCGAAUCCACCGGCGCGUCAUCCUUUCCGACUGGGGGAUCCCCGUUUACGAAGCGGGCUCUCGAGAGGCGCUACUCGCUGCGUUGGCCGAUUGCAUUGAAGGGCACGAGUCGUUGCGGCAGGAGGCCGGCCUCCUUCACCGAGACAUCUCCAUCGGUAAUCUCAUGGUAAGCAAGGACAACGGCGGGUUUUUGAUCGACUUGGAUCUCGCCGUUAAGGAGCAACGUAUCAGCGCCUCGGGGGCCAAGGGGAAGACCGGGACAAGGGCCUUUAUGGCCAUUGGGGCCCUUUUAGGCGAGCAGCACUCGUUUAUGCACGACCUCGAGUCAUUCUUCUGGGUGCUGUUCUGGAUAUGCAUCCACUGCGAUGGCCCUGGCAAGGGCACAGUUGUUGCCCAGUUUGACAAGUGGAACUACGCUAACACGGAGGAGCUGACACGGCUAAAGAAAGGGGAGAUUUCUGAUGAGGGGGACUUUAUUAAAGCAGCGGAGGAGUACUUUACGCCGUAUUACAAACCGAUGGUACCCUGGGUCAACAGGUUGCGCAAAGUUGUGUUUCCAAACGGGAGAAGGUGGGAGAACGAGGACAGCAGAUUGUAUACGCGAAUGAAGGAAAUCCUUGGAGAGGCCAGUAAAGCAGUAGCUGGUAGAUAGCGUUGCGGGGUGCUGGACAGUCCGGGCGUUUCCGGGUGACUAGAAACAAGCCUCCAGGGUCGACUACAUAAUAGAGCAAGUGUCUUACCCG